AUGGCGCCCGAGAAACAUUUAACGCCUAUAUUUCUUCCUGAUAUAACAAUAGUGGAUUUCAAUGUUAAAACUUCUGAAUUUUGGACCAAAUGGAACUUUCCAAACUGUAUUUUGGCAAUUGAUGGGAAACAUGUUCUAGUAAGAAGUCCCGACAACACUGGAUCCAUUUUCUUUAACUACAAAUUUAUUGCUGUUGAUGUUGGCUCCUUUGGCAGAGAAGGUGACAGCGGAAUAUUUUUAAAGUCAACUAUGGGUAAAAAGAUAUUAGAUGGGUCAUUUGGUUUCCCAGAAGUAAAAAAAUUACCUGGCUCCACAAAAGUUUUACCUCAUGUUAUAGUAGGGGAUGAAGCAUUUAGGCUUCAUACUAAUAUAAUGAAACCAUAUACCAGACAAGCUUCAAGAGAUGAUAAAUCAAAAGCCAUAUUUAAUUAUCGAUUGAGUCGUGCCCGGCGGGUGACUGAAAACGCGUUUGGUCUAUUAAGCCAGGUUUUUAGAGUAUUUUACCAACCCAUAAACAUCGAACCAUCAACAUGUGACGACUUAAUUAUUGUAGCUUGUUGCUUACAUAACAUGCUAUGA